CAAAGCUCCUGAACGCGAACAGUCAUUGCGUCAAACGCAGAGCAGCAGCAGCCGUCGUUCCAUGGCAGUUGGAAAUAAAUAGGACCACGGAGAAGGGACAGUCAACCCGAAAGAUCUUCUGAUAAACUGUCUUGCCAGACUUUUGCGGUUAACAUGUCAAAUGAGGGAAAGGCUUAGCUUUUCACGACUUAAAUCAAGGCUUCAAGAAUAUUAUUUUCGUGGACCCUGUCAAUUUUCAUUCAAGGUGAAUAGCAAAAAGAUGGUCGAUACGUUAUUUUCAACUUGACGUUCCGUGCCCGUUUUUGUGUUCCAGGAAGCUUUCAAGCUGAUUAAGGUGUUUGAUUUAUUCGCGCAAACGGUCUUGUUAGUAAGUCGAGUACGUUUGAUGUCUCUGACUGCAGUUCGACAAUUAUACAUAUCAGCACAGUUCCCACCUCGUCAGUUCAUUGACUUGUUUGAGCCAUCCAUGAUGAUCGCUAGCUAACGUUAAUGGUUUCUUUCUGACUUCAUCUUUAUCACUAUAGCUAACCUAAUGUACCUAGCUGCCUAGCUACUGUCUGGAUGUUUUCCUACCCAGAAUUUUCAGUUUUUAGUAUUUCCAGUUUAUUUUCAGCUUGGUGGAUGAAGUGCUGACAGGGUUUUAUUUUUUGGUCAAGGGAAAAGGGAAAGUCUGAGGCAGAUCUGGCAUCCUCUGGUGUGACAGAGAACAGCAGUGACAUCAUUGGUUGGAGGGAAUGGCCCCAGCCCUGACCAAGCUCUCCAAAGACGUCCACGGAAUGCACCUGGCGUCCAGCAACAUGGAUGCAGAUGGGGCAAUGCUCAACAUCGAGUGUGAUCCUCAGUUGAAACUGAUGGAGGACAGCUAUGCCCAGAGGGUGUGGCUCAACCUCGCCUCUCUGCCCUUUCUGGACACUUGUUGCUCAAGCAAGAGUCCCCUUGACUUUGCCGAUUCGCUCCUGUCCCCUCUGCUACAGGCCUCGGCUGGCCAGUACAAAACAGUGCUUCUCUCCAGCCCUGGUUCCCUGCUCAGCUUCCUGUCUCUCAACAAUAACCUGAAGCAAUCACUGGCUGCCUGUCCAGGUGCACAAGACAUGUAUUUGGUUCCUGUCCCUGAACACAAUAGCCAAGUUGUGGCUCAGCAGCAACAGCAGUGUCAACACAGUGGCCAUGGACCAGAUGGCUAUGAUAUCCCCCAGUCCCCUUCAAAAUACUGCCAGGGUGACCUCAUGUCCCAGUAUAACCCUGCUGUCCCCACACCCCUCAUUGAGAGGCAGGAGGAGGGGGGCUCCAGCAGCACAGACACAUCUCCAACACAGCUGUGGGUCAGGGGAGCUAGGGGCCAGGGCCUGGAGCAGCCUGUGACUGCAUUGGUAGAGGAGGCAUUGAGAGAGCAGACCCACUGGCAUCUCUCCCAACAAACGUCUCAGUUAGGACGGGCUGGGCGGCUCCAGAGGAGACUUCAAGCUCUACUAGGGGACCACGCCUCUCGCCACUGCAGCCUCCAGCUGGAGGGUCUGAAGGGGAGUCAGGGCAGGGAGACCCCAGGUCACCCCUCACCCCCUGCAAAUACCAAGCCCUUUGAUCCAGCCACUGGGCAGAGACCGACAGGUACACUGAGCCGCAGGACCCAGGGCCGUGCCCUACUGCAGACCUCCUUACCGCCAUCCCCCUCCACAGACAUCCAGGAGUUUACGCGCUAUGCCCAGGCCGUGCUGCGCGGGGUUCAGGAGGCUGUAGACUCUGAUGCCACAGAGAGCAGCUCAGAUGAAGAGUUGGAGCCUGAGCAGAAAUGGGGGACCAUGUCUCAACCAGUUAGGUGUGAGUGGAGGUGGCAAAGGGAGAGGGCUGAGGUGGGCAGCGGGUGGACCUGGCUACAGCUGCAUGUGGCAGAGCUUGAGGGACGCAUCCAACAACUGGGGGACCUGCACAAACAGAUCACCUCCACCAAGGGGGGUGUGGUCUUGGCGGAUUCCCAGCCGUUGACAGACGGGCAGAUUCAGCAGACGUUACUAACGGAGACGGCAGGGCUGCCGUUCACAUCGAGGGGCAGAGACCCUCCCUCCGACACGGAGAACGAACCCAGCAGCCCCACACGCCUCCUCAGGAACAUACAGAGACAGAGUGCCCAGCUGAGCCAAAUCGUGAACAGCCUGAUGCCUCCUCUGAACCUCUCUCCUUCCUCCUCUCCCAUCUCCUGCAGGUGGAAAGGACAGAACAAGAGAGUCUUCAGCAGUGGCCUGGUCCUGGGAGGAUAUGACGCCUUCUCCCAGAAGGCACCCAAGAGGAGGAGAGUGAACCGCAGAAGACAACACCUCCUCCAAGUGGACGCCACCUGUGUCUCAGCCCGCACCCGACCCCUGGUGAUCUAUCACAAACCACCACUCUUCAUCAACACUACCCACACCAGCCACAGACAGCAGGACCCAGCCUCCCUCUGUCUCACCUGUGCCUCCUGUGAUCCCCUGGCACUGUGUUCUGACCCAGCCUGCUCCUCCAGCAGCUCCCUGACCUCCAGGACCAGUCACACUACACUACACCCUGCUCUCUGUCUCACCCCAGGUUGCCACCACAAGCAGCAUGGGAGGCACCUGUGGGGAGGGGCCAGGGGUGUCUCAAAUAUCACGUGGGUGGGCUCUGCUCAGACCCCACACAGGGGAGCCUAUCGCGGGGGGAGGAAGAGGAGACAUACCCACAGGACCAUGGAAGAUGAGGACUUCCUGUCUCAGCUGUCAGACCCUGAGGACAGUCCAGAGGAUAGCCUGGAGGAUGCCGUUACACCCCAGACACCACACACACGCAAACGGGGCCCAAUCCGCAGACGUCAGGGAGAGAGUGUUUACAACAUUGACAACAUCAUCAUCCCUAUGUCCCUGGCUGCCACUACCAAGGUGGAGAGACUUCAGUACAGAGAUAUUAUAACGCCCAGCUGGAGGGUGGUUGAUAACCCACCCCUGGAGGAGAGGGAGGAGGAGGAAGGGGAGCUGCUGUGUGACAAGACAUUUUCCCAGAGGCACCUGGAGUGUGAGCAGAGAGAGAAACUCCGCUGGACCUCCUGGGACAAAACCAGACACUAUAGACGCACCACCAGGUCUGGCAGUAGAAACGAUGGAGCAGGUGUUUCUGUAUGGGACUGUGCUGUCAGGGGUGACACCGGAGGUGACGUGAGCACUCACGUGGACUGGAGCCAUCUGGACACGGACGGAGCCUUAGAGGAGUGGGUGCCCUGUUUCCCGUGGGAGACUCGUGUGUUCCCGCUGUGUGAGGAUGAGGAUGCGGCUCUGAGGUGUGAUGAAGAGGAGCAGGAGGAGAGAGCGAUGGCAGAGCCCACCAGCAGCACAGACGAGAACAGUGUAUCUGUUCAGUCACACCCAUUCUCAACCCUGUCUAGUACAACACCACCACCUGCUGUAGAUGAUGGGAACAACAGUCUUACAGCAGACAGCAGAGUCACCUGAGAUGGCUUGGAUUUACCACUGCACAGCACAGGUCUCCACAGAAGAUUAGGAGACCUGAGGGACAAAGAUACAAGAGGAGGCAUGAUCUACCUGGAGGAGAUGUCAUACCUAAUGUUUGCUACAUUUCCUGAAUACAGUGAUGUUUUAAUUUUUGUAAAAAAAUAAAAAAAUUAGGAGAGUGUUUAUAUUUACUUACAUUUCUCUUCUCUAUUGUAAGAUAUUGGUGUGGACUGUGUUGGAUAUUCAACAUUUUAAAUAUGUACUUUUUAAAAAGUAACCCUGACCUGCAUUCUUAUUUAAGAUCUGUGUACUAGUGCACAACCGAUCGUAGCCACUGUAUGUACGUAGUUGUUGUUUGAUAUUUAUUUAUGUUUCAAGACGUGUCUGAAAAUGCAAAGUCUAUAUGUGUGUAUGUAGGUAUUUUUACAUAUUCACCAGUUUUACUUGUGGUUAACAGAUUGUAUUUUUCCAUAAGUGAUAAUUUUUAUACAGAGAAAAAACAGGUGAAGUAUUUAUUGUUUUUUUUUAGUUGGUGUACUUCUCGUCUGACGGUGUAAUCUCUGUUGAACACAAGUCAUUAAAAUCAUUCAGGCCACUGUC